AUGAGGCCAACUGUACAGAUAAGUAGACAAUGCGAUUCACACGCUUCGAGUUCAGAGUUAAAGCAAAACCUACCGCAGUUCUUGACGCGGACGCAACCAAACACCACGGACCACUGGUUGCACCAAUCACGCAUUAAAAACCGUGUUCCAAGCAACUCUAAUUUCUGUCCAGAUAAAAUGGCCUGUGCUAACGAAAGAAAAACUAUCAGGACAUGGUUCUAUCUUGUGUUAUUGCCUUAUCUAUGUUACGCUAAUCCUCAGUUGGAUUUGCCUCCGCUGCCCGAAAUUUCUAGUACUCAGCGCAACCCUUACGGAGGCUAUGGACUUCUGUCUAGCACCCCUUCAAUUAGUAGUCAAGGGAAUCAAUACGACAUUCAGAAUAGAAAUUUUCAAUACAGCACUGCAAGACCAAUUAGCUCGAGCACUGCAGGAGGAUAUCCAGUGUCCUCAACGACAUUUAAUAGCGGAAUCAACCCAGAUAUAAGCAACAACGGAUAUCCAAGUGUAGGUUUUGAAAAUGGACGCAAUCCAAGUUCGACAUUUAGGCCCUAUGACAACAUUUAUCGUGAUGAUCGGAUAGAUAUUAACAGUGACUCAAACUUUAGACGUAAUGACCCAAAUUUUCCACGAAAUGACCCAAAUUACGUCGGAGCGAAUCCGUACGAUUUUAACCGAGAUGGGAAUAUUAACAGCAUCGAUGAUAGGUUUCAACGUGUUAAUUUGCAGCAAGUAAGAGACUUUUUAGCUAACGCCGAUGAACAGGCUUCGAAGGAGUGUACAAAUAACGUCGCUGCACAGUGGAAUUUCGAAACUAACGUCAAUGAUGCAACUCAGCAUGCCGCCCUGGACGCACAGCAGCGCUACACUCUCUUUCAACGUGCGCUCUGGGAAGCUGCGAAACAAGUCCCGCGCGGUGCUAUCAGAGACUUUGGUACCUUCAGACAGCUUCAGUUGCUCUCUAUCAUUGGACCGGCGGCAUUACCACCAGAUCAACUCGAUCGGUACAACCGCAUCAUAAACGACAUGUUGGCAGUGUAUAACACAGCGGAGAUUUGUGCAUAUAACGAGCCGUUUAAAUGCGGCUUACACCUGCAACCUGAGCUACAGAACAUCAUGUCGCACUCCAGGGACUGGGACGAGCUGCAGCACGUCUGGACGGAGUGGAGACGAAACACAGGGAGGAGGAUCAGAGAUCUUUACGAGCAGCUCGUCGAUCUCACAAAUCAGGCUGCUAGAUUAAACAAUUUCACUGAUGCGUCCCUCUAUUGGAUGUUUCCAUACGAGUCACCAAUCUUUAGACAAGAAGUUGAUGAGGUCUGGGAACAGAUUAAACCACUUUAUGAGCUUCUGCAUGCGUACGUCCGUCGUCGCUUACGUGAAGCAUUCGGACCCGAACGGAUCUCUAGAUCCGCGCCCAUUCCGGCACACGUACUCGGAGAUAUGUGGGGACAGAGCUGGUCUGGGAUCGUGCCUUACAGUUUGCCUUAUCCUGGUAAAAACCUUGUAGAUGUCACUCCGGAAAUGAUUAAACAGGGCUACACUCCUCUAACAAUAUUCCAAUUGGCCGAAGAAUUCUUCUUGUCCAUGAAUAUGUCAGCCAUGCCACCAGAUUUCUGGGCACUCAGCGUUCUGGAGCAGCCUGUAGACCGCCACGUUCACUGUCAACCUUCAGCGUGGGACUUUUGCAAUCGUCACGAUUAUCGAAUAAAAAUGUGCACACAUCCGGACAUGAAAGACCUGAUAACCGCUCACCACGAGAUGGCGCACGUGGAGUACUUCCUGGCUUACAGAAACCAGCCCAAGGUCUUCCGAGAUGGUGCUAAUCCAGGUCAGUGCCGGCAUUCGAUCGUUAUGUGUAAUCUAAUUAUUUUGUAG